AUGUCUUUCCAACGGCGUCUCACUACUCCCUCAAAAGACAUAAGGGAAUUUCUCGACCGCCACCCCGAAGUUGAAACUAGUGUCGAAGCAAAAGCACAGCUUGACGAAUUUCAUGAAGGCGACACGUUCUGCAUCGUGACAAAGAUUUUCAACAAUACAAUAUUGCACCAAGAAUACGAUGGGGACUCCAGAAAACGCGUUUUUGCCUUUGCCUACGUUGAGGACCCCGAAGCAUUGACUUGGUAUGAGAAGAAUAGGCAGGAUGAUAACGACAAUGAGAUUUGUGAUUGUAAGGUUGGGGAACCAGAAGGGCAGGACCAUCUUCUACAUGAAAGCGUAGUUGAAGUUAGAAAAGCGGAGUGUGAAAAACACAAGGAUUGCGAAGAACCAGACCCGGAAUGUUUGGCCUGUUGGCCUGUCUUGUGUGGAAGCAACUGCAAAUGGUAG